UACUUCAUCUUGAAAUUUCCUUUACUCAGCUUAUGUCUACUUCCCUCCCCAUCCUCACCCCACCCAAAGUGUAUAUACACAAACCUAUUGUGUAGUUGUGCCCGCAGGCUGGUAGGGGAGUGGAGCUGGACUAGCAGCACAGCCUGCAGCAGGUGGAAGGUGGCAGUUCCCGCACAUACUCGGUACACAGCCCCAGAACCACUGAGCACUGGGCAGUGAGAGUGGCCGAACAGAUGGGCACACAACCCUGAGGGCAUCUGGAUCUGGAGGGAGAGUCCAUGUGAGAAAUGUCAGGGCCCGUCAUCAUACACAGAGAGGUACCUACUUCUCAUGGGUGUAUCCAUUCACUUGUCCCCUACCCCCAAUCUGAAUCUUUUGUCCAUGGAGGGUUUCUCCCUUUUUCUCAUGUUGCAAACUGAUCCCUCCCACUUACCCCAUGUGCCUUCCCCCAGACCCUUUCCACUACUGUCCUUGACAGCAGAAGGCAGCAGACUGCUGAGGCCCCCACAUGAAGGAGGAUGUAGAUCAGGCGGCUACAAGUAGACUCUGUGACAAGGGGCCAUCUAGAAUGGCAGCAGCAGGUACAGGGAGCAGGCCCACAGCAAGACACCUGAGGGGCAGAGCAGAUGUAGGGCAGAAAGGUGGAGAUUUGCUGAGGAAAGGCUUACAUUAAUGUAUGCAUUAGGUUAACCCAAGAGGCUGAAUUCCAAAAUUUCUCUUUCCCUUUUCUUCCCUCCUUUUACUCAGGAAUUCUCAGAAUCGUUUCAAGCUAUUUAGGAUUGCCUUCCACUGACAUCAAGUAGAGCUUUCAUCAUAAGAGCUGAUGCAGGCUUGAGCAGACCUUCCUAAAAGCCUAAGUCACACCUGGCCUCUCACCUUUCUGUAGACCUAUAGAUCUGGUACUGGGAAGUGGAAGGGAUAGUUAGUAGUCUCUGGGCAAAGGGAAAGGCCUCAGAGGGUAAAGGAAGGCCUAUCAUCUUUAUUGGCUCCUGUGGGUUUUCCUCCCCAGCUUCAGCCACUGUUCCCUUCCAUUUUUUUCAGAUAGUUCUUGCUCUAGGGACCUUCCGAACCUCUCUUCCAAGGUACGCUCUCACCUGAUAGAAGGGAGGAUUCACCAUGACACUGCUGACUCCAGUGCGUUGUGUCCGGCGAAGGGAGGUGUUAGGGCCUGUGACCGCCUUUGCACCCACCAUCCUGGUCCCAGGCAUUAGACCCAGGUCCACCAGAUGGAAGGUAGAUGAGAAAGCAGUUUUCUUUUGUCCUCAUAGGGGUGGUCACCCAGUUUAAGGUAGAAUGGGGAGGGACAUAAGGAAAAGAACACCGACUUCCAGGAUGUGGUAAAUGCAAAUGUCUCUCUGAAGCUACUUCUCUCCCUGGCCUUUGGGCCACUCAGGCUGUUCUCCCCAGAUUAGGGAGCAGUUUGCAAAUCUGGCCUCUGGUGGAUUAGCAUUCUUAAUUGGUUUAGGAUUAGAGCGUAUCCAUCCUGGUUGGACAGAAUUACUUGGGUGGGGCAGGGGGGCGGUGGUGUUGGUGAGGGGGGUAGACUCUAGGUGAAGAGAAGGAUGUCUGUCGGUUGGGAAGUCUUGGAGUGGUGAUGGGCUAGGUGUGGGAGAGGGCCUUGGAGAAAACAAUACUAGAACACUGGAAGGAAGUCGGAGAGACGACCUGUUGUCCUGGCUGAAGCUUCUAGAAUCCAAAACAUUAAUGAAGGUGUGGCCCGAAGCCAGCCCCGCCUUGUCCUCUCCGGGCGGAAGUUUCGGGGCAGUUACCGGAAGUCUUCGUGAGGUGGGGCGGGGCCUUUGCGGCAGCACGGUGGGAUCAGUAUGGCUACCGAGGGGGAUGUGGAGCUGGAGUUGGAGACUGAAACCAGCGGCCCAGAGCGGCCUCCGGAGAAGCCACGGAAGCAUGACAGCGGUGCGGCGGACUUGGAGCGAGUCACCGACUACGCGGAGGAGAAGGAGAUCCAGAGUUCCAAUCUGGAGACGGCGAUGUCCGUGAUUGGAGACAGAAGAUCCCGGGAGCAGAAAGCCAGACAGGAGCGGGAGAAGGAACUGGCCAAAGUCACCAUUAAGAAGGAAGAUCUGGAGCUGAUAAUGACAGAGAUGGAGAUCUCACGAGCAGCAGCAGAACGGAGCUUGAGGGAACACAUGGGCAACGUGGUAGAGGCUCUUAUUGCCUUAACCAACUGAUCUUUGCUUUCUCAGACCCACUCACUGUAUUAUUUUAUUUCAAUAAAGACUUAUUCUUAUUUUGCA